UGGCUCUCUGCUGCGCUGAAGGAGAGCCGCACUGCACAUUGAUAAGCCUAGACGGGGCGAGGCGGCGAUCCCAGUGUGGCCCUCAUCCAUCAUCGCUAUGGGAAUUACCACAGCGUUCUUUCUGAACCAAGCCCUGAUCCCGUGCUAUCUGAAACCGGUUUACCUGGAGACACGGACUAUAAAACACUGCAGUUGAGAGUGUCCCUGCACCAGAGCCCGGCUCAGCUUCUCUUCUCCAAUAAAGCUAAAGGGGGAGGAUGAUGAUCAUGAGAAACAUCUAGAGGUGAGAAGUGUUUCUCAAGCAGACAACUUGGACAAGGACGUUUGCUCGACCCUCAUCUGUAUUUUCUAAAUCAGGACGAUGCCUGCCAUGUGUGUGUCCGUAGUGCUUUUAUGUACAUUGGUGGUUGACAUCUCAGUUCGGGUUUUGACCACAGCCAGCCCAGCUGACCAGCCCCUCCUCUCUCCUCGCCACUAUCAGCACACCGACCCUGACUCGGGCACCCAGCUGGUCUGCGACAAGUGCCCAGCAGGCACCUAUGUGUCCGUCCACUGCUCCCCAACAGCUGUGAGAGAGUGCAGCCCCUGCCCUGAAGGCACCUUCACACGGGGUGAGAACGGGGUCCAGCAAUGCCAUCGGUGUCGGGCUCCAUGUCCUGCGGGCUUCAUUGAGAAAGCUCUCUGCACGGCCACCCAGGACCGAGUGUGCAAAUGUCCCCCCAACAGCUUCUUGUCAGUAGAUGGUGGCACAGAGUGUAAGCCCCACUCGCUGUGCCCUCCAGGGACCAGGGUAAGAAAGCGGGGCAGUGAAUCAGAGGAUGUGCUCUGUAAGCCGUGUACCAAGGGAACUUUCUCAGAUAUGGAGUCGAGUGCAGUGAAGUGCCGAACCCACACAAACUGCCAAGCUCAGGGGCAGGUGCUGCUCACACCAGGGACUAGAGAGACAGAUAAUGUCUGUGGACCCCUUUCUACAGCCCUCACUUCCUCUUCAUCUUUGUCUGUCUCCACAACCACUAUACUGGGGCCUGUACAGGCUGUGCUUGUACAGGAACCCAUGACUUCUUCAUCCUCUCCAUCAUCAUCACUGGCUGGACAUGUACAUAAAGGUACCUACAGCAAGUCAGCAGCCAUUCAACUGAGGGAAAACCCGGGUGGGGAAGACCACCUUGCAGAGGGUCUACUCCUCAGCUGGCCUGGCGCUCCCACCCCAGCAAAUCGUGAUCCCCCACGGACUCCACCGCAACUGAUGGACCUUGAGCACCAGCAGAGGCAACCCAGUUCUGACCCUGUGCCUGGCCCCAGCAAGAGGGCGAUGGAGGGUCUGGAGGGUACAGAGGUAGUCAGGGUUAGGACAGGUAUCAGCAAGGUAGCCGGGCAGGGGAGCGGAGGUGGGGGAGGUGGGGUUUCCAGCUACUACAGGCCCACUCGCAGGGGGUCACCAAGACCAAGCACCCAUAAUCACUUUGACAUCAACGAGCACCUUCCCUGGAUGAUAGUGCUGCUGCUCCUACUGGUGCUGGUGGUGAUUGUGGUCUGCAGCGUGAAGCGGAGCUCUCGUGUACUGAAGAAAGGCCCCAUGCAGGACCCUAGCAGCAUCAUGGAGAAGGCAAUUCAGAAAAAACCAUCUGCGCCUCCAACGCAGGUGAAAGAGAAGUGGAUCUACUACUCCAAUGGACAGGGGGUGGAUAUCCUAAAGCUGGUGGCAGCCCAUGUGGGCACCCAGUGGAUAGACAUUUAUCAGUCUCUGGCCAACGCCACGGAAAGGGAGGUGGCCGCGUUCUCCAAUGGCUACUCGUCAGAUCACGAGCGGGCGUAUGCUGCGCUGCAGCACUGGACCAUCCGGGACAGUGACGCCAACCUGGCCAAGCUGAUCAAUGCCCUGCACAGACAGCGGCGCAUUGAUGUGGUGGAGAAGAUCCGCUGUGUCAUGGAGGACAACCCGCAGUUUGACAUCAACCAGCUGAUGACCUCAGUGAAUGUAAGCCAAAGCCUCAGUCCCAUCCACAAGCUGCUUGAGUCCCCCAGCAGCGUUGGCAGCAGCAGCAACAGUGGUGGUAUCGCUGGCGGGGCCAGUGGCGUGGGCGUGGAGCAAUCACCAGUGGACCGUACCAAAGGCUUCUUUCCCGACGAAUCGGAGCCCCUGCUUCGCUGUGACUCCACCUCCAGCAAAGACUCCGCUCUCAGUAGGAACGGCUCCUUCAUUACCAAAGAGAAGAAAGACACCGUGCUCCGGCAAGUGCGUCUGGACCCGUGUGACCUGCAGCCUAUCUUCGAUGACAUGCUGCACAUCCUGAACCCAGAGGAGCUGCACUUCAUCGAGGAGAUCCUGGCUGCUGAGGACAAGCUGGACCGGUUGUUUGAGAUUGCGGGAGUCAAGAGUCAGGAGGCCAGCCAGACGCUGCUCGACUCGGUCUAUAGCCACCUCCCUGACCUGUUAUAGUGGAGGAAGGAGGAAGAAACCACACGGACGAGAAUUGGCACAGGAAUAAAAAGGAAUGUCUCAGUGGGAGGGAUAAAUCAGAUCUGAUAUUGUUCAGAUUAUGCUUGGGAUUUGCUCUGAUAAGAGUCUGACACGUCAUGUCACUUUCUCACAUGAUUCAAGCCAGGUGUUGUAGAUACGGUGGUUAUCUACUUCCUCCAAUGACUUUCAAAUCUUUACUGGUACUUUACUCCUCUUCACCCUCUGAUCUCCUUCUGUUGUUGUGUGUGGACACACUAUAGUUCCUGCAAAACACCUUCAUCUUCUAUCAUGAUACAGGGUCAACGCUCAAUGUAAUUAAAGCAUUCUGAGUGUCACAACAAGGAGGACUUUUUUCACUAAGUAUGUUCUGCCUUUUUUAAGGUGGUAUUACGCGAGUAUGGUGACUCCAAACUUAGAAAAAGCUAGUCUGAAGAGAAGCUGAAUACAUGGAAAAAUGUAAAAAGCACUGUAUUUAUCUUAACUGGCCAUUGCCUUCACUUUUAAAGGAUAAUACUGGUGUUUUGUUGGUUGUGUCAAUCAUCUUCAUCUUCAGGCUUCCCUUGCCUUCAACAUGAUUUCAGUGUUAAAAAAAUCAAAUUUAACAUUGUGGUUAUUGCUAAAUGAUUGCAAGAAAGGAAACUGCACACAGACAAUAGUAAAUAACCUAUAGCUCUAAAUGACACUGAUUAUUCUUGUGGUUUUAAGGUUCUUGUAAACCAUAUUCACAGAUAUUUUGUUCAGGUAAGAACUGACCCUUAAGUCACGUGCCUGUGCUUGUUACAUGUCCCUUUUCUCAGCCUAUGAGCCCCCUUUUUCCCCCUCCAGUUGCGUGUACCUAGACCAGCAGGGGGUAGUAUUAGAUUAGAGGGUUGACCUGCUGCUCUGGAACCAAAGCCAUAUAUCAGAAAUACUGGACUAAACGUCAAAAUAAUCCAAUAUUACAAUACUGGAGUAAUAUUUACCUUAUAUAAUAUUAUGAUAUAUGGCUUUUAAUGGUUUGCUUUUACUGAACAGGAAGGAUGCAGUGUUUACUGCCCCUGCCUGCUUCACUGGAACCAAAGCCAUAUAUCUAAAAUGGUUUAGAUACGUCGCUUUGGAUGCUCUCUCACUGUUGGACUCAUGGACAGUAUACAAUAAAUAGUUCUACCGGUAUGCACAUUCAGAUCUCAUCUAGCUAGCCCUGUUUGCCUCAACAAAUGUAGCAUUGAUUAAGUGUUCUUGAAACAUUUUGGAGCUUCAUGUUGGUGUGGUGGGUGUGAGUGUUUCACUACUAUAGUAAAAAUAAUAGAACACAAGUGAUUUUUUUCAUGCAGUCGUAUGUUGCUACAUGCUCUAAGUAGUUGAUAUUAAAAUGUAAUAAUGAUGCACUAAUUCUAUUAUCUAUUGGAGAGGCAGACAUGUAUUUUAUGUGUCCUUCAUUUUCAUUGUCUUUUAUUCUGAAAUGCUGUUAAUUAACAUUUGAUUUUGUUGUAAUGUUUUCUAUAUUUAGUUUGAUUUAUUAUGUUAUUGUAGCAUCUCUUUGUUAGUUGGCUUCUUUGUAUCUCAUGUCAUUUCAUGGGAAUUCAGAUGUAUUUCCCCCAGCUUGGCGUAAUGAGAUGACCUGGAUGUAACAUAUGCAUACUCCAUACUCUACUUGAAGUCUGUCUACUUGUGUUACUUGAUUUAAAUGAGGAAGAACUAAUGUACUCUUUCAGUUCCUUACAAGUUCAACAUUCUUAAAAUAAUAAUAAAACUGAAAAGCACCAUCAAAAACUCAUAAAAGUCUGGAGAGGAUUUUGCCGGCAUCAUGAGAGCAGCAAAUGAUGUACUCUGUUUUCACCAAGCCAGUUACUGUACUAUCAAAGCUCCUGUGGUGCUAGAUGUGAGCUCUCACCGGUUGGCCUGACAUAGGGGGUUUUAACCCUGGACUAAUGACUAUUUAAAAUAUUCCAGACUGAGUGAAGAAGAGUGUAGGUUGUGCUGCUGUGGACUGUGGGAUGUUGACAAUGAUGAUGAUGAUGGUGAUGGUGAGAAUGUGUGAGCUUGCUCUCCAUGUCGCUGCGGAGACUCAAACUGCAGGCUGUGAGCUUUUUAUUUUCUAAAGAAGUCUGAAAGGAUGAAGGUGCAAUGUGAAAAGCACAUGCGGCUCGAGUGGAUGAUUUCAUCAAAUUUCCUGUGUGUAACCAGUAUGUUUACUACUAUGUAACCUCUUAAAAUCAACCAAUUAAAGCUCAAAACAAUUGUCAUAA